CGUCAGUUCGACGUUUACGUGAGACCGCUGAGCACAACGCUUCCUACAUCGGAGCGCCAUUUUUGCUCUUGUCACGGGAUUACAGCAUGCUCUUAUCAAAGAGAUAAUAACAUCAAUUUCAGUGUUUUGUGACCUGUGGUAUAGUAUUUCUACAUAAUGGGGCGAAAGAAGAAGAAGCAAAUGAAGCCGUGGUGCUGGUACUGUAAUCGAGACUUUGACGAUGAGAAAAUUCUCAUUCAGCAUCAAAAGGCAAAACAUUUUAAAUGCCACAUUUGCCACAAGAAGCUAUAUACCGGUCCCGGCUUGGCUAUUCACUGCAUGCAGGUACACAAAGAGACGAUUGACAGUGUACCGAACGCAAUUCCAGGAAGAACAGACAUCGAGUUGGAAAUCUAUGGCAUGGAGGGAAUUCCAGAGAAAGACAUGCAGGAAAGAAGACGAACAUUAGAACAGAAAUCACAAGAGAGUCAGAAGAAGAAGUCAAACAAUCAGGAUGACUCUGAUGACGACGAUGAUGAUGAUGAGGCAGGACCGUCUGUCCAGCAGGUAGCUGCUGUCCAGCCCCAGGCCGGGUACGUUUCUCCAAUGACCCAACCUGGAAUGCCCCCUGUGGCUGGCGCACCUGGGAUGCCUCCUGCAGGAUAUCAAGGAAUGCCUCCGAUGAUGCCAGGUGUUCCUCCCAUGAUGCACGGCAUGCCUCCCGCCAUGCCUGGAAUGCCACCAGCCAUGAUGCCGAUGGGAGGGAUGAUGCCUCCCAUGAUGCCAGGGAUGCCUGCAAUUCCUCCAGGAAUCCCCCCUCAUAUGGCUCCAAGGCCGGGGAUGCCCCACAUCGUUCCGACCCCUGCAGCUGGACCAAUCCCCAGCCGACCUGCAGCACCAGUGGUGCAGCCUGCUAUCACAAAGCCCCUCUUCCCCAGCGCAGCGCAGAUGGGCUCUGGUGUUAACAGCAGCACUACAGGCGUUUCCUCUCCACCUGCAGACCAUCAGUCUGCCUCCUCCCAGCCUCCCUUUUCUAACAUGCCCCAAGCCCAGCAGAACCCUUCAGUCGCUGCAGCGUCAAACUCACUCAGCUCUGCCACGUCCUCUGAGCCUCCCAAAGCAACUUUUCCCGCCUACACCCAGCCCUCUGUCUCCUCUUCCACUUCUUCUUCUUCUAAUCCCUCUAGCAGCACUGUGGCUAAACCCCCGGCCACAGUGACCAGUAAGCCUGCCACCCUCACCACCACGAGUGCAACUAGUAAGUUGAUCCACCCUGAUGAGGAUAUCUCACUGGAGGAAAUGAAGGCUCAGUUGCCGCGUUACCAGCGUCUCAUACCCAGGGCUGGUCAGGCCCACGCUGCUGCUGCCCCUCCGGUGGCAGCUGGCAUAAUGCCCCCUCAGCAGGGUUUGCCACCACAGCAGCCUGGCAUGAGGCAUCCCAUGCAUGGUCAGUACGGUGCUCCUCCUCAGGGCAUGCCUGGCUACAUGCCUGGAGGGAUGCCUCCAUAUGGGCAAGGUCCUCCUAUGGUCCCCCCUUACCAGGGAGGCCCUCCCAUGGGUAUGAGGCCGCCUGUCAUGUCUCCAGCCGGACGCUACUGAAGAAGCAAAGCACCCACCACAUUAGGUUUGAGGUUAACACCUUUCUCUCAUCCUUGUGCUUUUUCAAACCUAGCUGCCAAGAGCAGUAAGCCUACAGUGGUGGCGAAGACAAACAUGGUCUGUUUAAACAAACAAACAAAAAAAAAACAAACGCAUGGACAUUUUAUUGUAAUAUGUUUAUUAGAAAACAGCCAAACACCAUGAAUAUCUAACAGCUUUUUUUGGUGUUACUUGAUCACAUGUGAGGAUAUUUUUUCCCAUAGGUUUCACUCAGGUUCAUAAAGGUGAAGUGUGUAAAAAUGAUUCGUAUUUCUUUUGAAGCUGCUGGAGUUACAUGAACAUACCAACCCCUUACAAAGGCAAGUUUCUUUUGAGAACAUUCGAUUUUUAUUUCUGCAGUAAAUUAGCUGAGGCCCUCACAGCAUGCACAGGUGCUGUUGGACAUUCGUCCCCAACCGUGGUUGGUGAGGGUCUCAUUGAUUUAAGAUGAUUCCAACAAAGUAAUGUUAAAAGUUCAUGACUCAUCAGUCUCUAGCUUUAUUCUUUUUUUCAGGUUUGUUUUAUUAUUAUUUCAUGGUCAAAUGCCUACUUGUAUGCAUCCUUUGUAAUGUUUUAUCAAUCUGUUGUAAUAAAAUCCAUCUUGAAAUCUAA